AUGAAGUCUAGGAUACUCUCUGUGGCCUCUGCUUCAUCACCAUUUGAGCAAAUUUUACAGCUUGGUUCUGGUGAAUCUUCAGGCAUCAUUGCAGUGGACUUGCUUAUUUUCAAUCAUUUAGCUGUUGUCAUUAUUUUAGAACACUCUUUCUACAUUUUCAUCCAGCGACGCCCCCUUCAGUACCAGCAAGAAUCUGUUCCCUCUUUUCAUGUCGCUUUCGAGCGGUACAUGGCGUCUCCGCAUGUAAUUGCUGUCAGGGACGCUGUGAACACUGCCGUCCACGCAAAUCGAGGAAACUCGACUAAUCGGAAAGCGAAGCUACUGUUUGGACUUUUCCGGAGGAAGAAGGAUUACUCGGGUUUACUAGAAAUAAUUCUUAAAAUCGUUUUAGAACAUCGCCUGCCACGACCUUGA